CAUAUUUAAGCAAAAAAAAAAGGAAACUCUAAACCCAGAGGCACAAGAUAGAAGAGAUAGCGAUGAUGAACUGCGUUUCGUUUUGUUCUUCAAUUUCAAUUUCAAUUCCAACCCCAAUUGCAGCAACACAACAACACCUCGCUUUCUCUUCUUCUUCAUCUCUUUGUUCCAUUUCAAGGGUUUCUAUUAAUCCUCCACGAAGAAGAAGAAUAAACAAUAAUGGUUUCACUUGCAACGCACUUUUCGGAUUAGGUGUACCUGAACUCGUUGUUAUUGCUGGUGUUGCUGCCAUCGUUUUUGGUCCUAAGAAAUUGCCUGAAGUUGGUCGCAGUAUCGGUAAAACUGUCAAAAGCUUUCAACAGGCAGCAAAGGAGUUUGAGUCUGAGCUUAAAAAGGAACCAGGUUCCUCAGGAGGGGAGCCAUCUGAAAAAUCAAUUGCUGUUAGCGAAGAGAAGAAGCAAGAUACUGAGGUGUCUAGUUCUAAGGAGAGUGUAUGACAUUUGUAAUAGAUGUGAUAUGAUGAGUAGGUAUCAAAUUUUCACCAUGACAAUAUAUAUUCAAAAAAACAUUCUUCUUUAACAAAUAUCUGUUAAUUUAUAUCAAUAUUCUUUUCACCAAUUCA